CUUCGCUAGAGAAUUAGGUUUUCGCUUUCCCUUCGCAGGUUCUUCGUUCCGCCGCUUGUGUGAAGAACUCUCAACGAAAAUGGUGAAGGGACGCCAAGGGGAGCGAGUCAGACUCUAUGUGAGAGGAACUGUCCUUGGAUACAAGAGGUCAAAAUCCAAUCAGUACCCAAACACGUCACUGAUUCAGAUUGAGGGCGUGAACACCAAGGAGGAGGUCGGAUGGUACUGCGGCAAGCGGUUGGCCUACAUUUACAAGGGCAAGGUCAAGAAGAACGGAACUCACUACCGUUGCAUUUGGGGAAAGGUUACCAGGCCGCAUGGUAACAGCGGAAUUGUCCGAGCCAAGUUCAAGUCCAACUUGCCCCCUAGAUCUAUGGGUUCGAAGGUCCGGGUAUUCAUGUAUCCGAGCAACAUUUGAGUGUUGCAGCACAUGAAUAUGUCGAUUAAGGAUGCAGUGGAUUAGUUUUUAGUUCUCAUCUAUGACCUAUCUACUGGUUAAAAAGAAUUUUGUAUGAAGGAGCUCUAUCCAGUUGUUUUGGAACUUAUUUUUGGUAGUUUUGAAUGGAGAAUGAUUGAUUUCUAAAUGAUUCAUGUGGCUAGUAGUUUUCUGGUCGAUUCA